GGUUGAAAAAUCAUUAUAUAAAUAUAUGGAUUUAAAAUUAGAUAAUAAUCCGGAGAUUGCAAUAGAUAAUAAAAAACAGAAGAUAAUAAAAAACAGAGGUUUGCGAUGAUUUUUCAAUCUUUUAUACUGGAUAAUCUAGUAUACUUAUGCAUGAAGAUAAUGAAUUCGGUCGUUGUGGUCGGACUCUAUUAUGGAUUUCUGAGCACAUUCUCCAUAGGGCCCUCUUAUCUCUUCCUUCUUCGAGCUCGGAUUAUGCAAGAAGGGACCGAGAAGAAACUAUCAGCAACAGCUGGGUUUAUUACGGGACAGCUCAUCAUGUUCAUAUCGAUCUAUUAUGCGCCUUUGCAUCUAGCAUUGGGUAGACCUCAUAUAAUAACUGUCAUACCUCUACCCUAUCUUUUAUUUCAUUUCUUCGGCAAUAAUAAAAAAAACUUUUUGAAUUAUGGGGACAAGAAAAAGAAUUCAAUACGUAAAUUUAGCAUUCAAAGAAUAUUCUUUACUAAUCUUAUUUUUCAGUUAUUUAACCCCCUUGUCUUACCAAGUUCCAUAUUAGUCAGAUUAGUAAACAAAUAAAAAAAGAGAGCAAAUUACUAAAAGAAUGAAUAAAAAAGAUAAUAAUAUAUAUAUAUAUGAAGAAAUUCGUCCACCCCCAAUAUAUUUUAUGGCCUCUCCCAUAAAAAAACUUAAGAUACCAAUUCCAUUUGGAAUUGCAUCAAUUACUUGUCUAUCAAUAUAAUGAUUUAUUUUAGCGAAUUUUCUUACAUUUGUAAUGAAAAAACUUCCAUAAAAAGCAUCCAGAUAACCACGAUUAGAUGACCAAUCAUAUAUGGCAUUGAUUAUUUUUUCUAGAAUUUUUGUUUUACGAACAUUUUUUUCAAAUAUAUUUUUUAAGUUCAAAUUUUGUAAAACCGAAUAAACGGGCUUAUAGAUAAAAGACGCUAUAAAUAUUCCGAAAAAAGACAGACUGACCGAAAAAGUUGCAUUUGUUAAAAAUUCAAACCAAUCGAAAGAAUUUUGAAAAUUUUGAUGCAACAGGUCUAUAGAAGGGAUUAACAAUUUGGAUAAUAUAUCCAAAUUUGUUCCUUCUUGGCUAAAAGAGAUUCCUAUUACUCCAACCAACAAAGUAAAUAAUACUAAUAUAAACAUAGAAAAAAGCAUAGUAUUGGUGGAUUCAUGAGGAUAAAAAGGAGAAGGCUUUUUAGUAUCAAAAUGAGUAGUAUCAAUAAGAAGACGUGUUAUGCUUUUGACAUUUUGAUUAAUUCUAUGGAAAUAUGCCCUCUUGUUAAAAAAAAGAUAUUUCUGGUCAUUAUUUAUUAAUGUUAAUAAAUCUAUUAAAUAAAAUCUUUUGUUUACUUUUUGUUUUCUUUCUUUACCCCACAAAGAUAUUGAAUAUAAUGAAUUUUUUUUUUUGCCAUUGAGAUUUUGAAAAUGAACAUUGAAAUAUCCUUCAAAAACAAGUAAAUAGAUGCGAAACAUAUAAAAUGCGGUUAAUCCAGCUGUAAAAUAAGCUAAUAUUGCAAAAAUUGGCGAAUACAACCAACUAUCAUUAAGAAUCAGAUCUUUGGACCAAAAACAAGCAAAGGGUGGAAUACCACAAAGAGAGAGCGUACCUAUUAAAAAAGCUGUUUUUGUAAUUGGCGUAUGUUUUGUUAACCCACCCAUAAGAACCAUAUUUUGACUUUUUUCUGGAGAAUAUCCAACAAUAGUUUCCAUUGAAUGAAUAAUUGAUCCAGAUCCUAAGAACAACAAUGCUUUUGAAUAAGCAUGAGUAAUUAAAUGAAAUAGAGCAGCUCGGGAAGAUCCCAUACCUAGAGCUAACAUUAUAUAACCCAAUUGAGACAUUGUAGAAUAGGCCAAAUUUCUCUUAAUAUCUUUUUGAGCAAUAGCUAAAGUAGCUCCCAAAAAUAAUGUUAUUAUACCAAUGAAAGCUAUUCCAUUCAUUAUGGUAGGUAUAGCUAUGAAAAGAGGAAGAAGUCUAGCUACAAGAAAGAUUCCCGCCGCUACCAUAGUAGCAGCAUGUAUAAGAGCAGAAAUUGGAGUAGGCCCCUCCAUAGCAUCCGGUAACCAUACAUGAAGGGGAAAUUGGGCAGAUUUAGCUACGGAACCGCAAAAUAACAAUAGGGCACACAAAGUAACAAAAAAAACAUUAAGAUAAUUAUUAAAAAUCAAGUUAUUGAAUAUUUGAAACAAAUCCCGAAAUUCCAAACUACCCGUUAUCCAAUAAAGACCUAAAAUACCUAAUAAUAAACCAAAAUCCCCUACACGAUUAGUUACAAAUGCCUUUUGACAAGCAUUUGCUGCAAUAGGACGUGUAAACCAAAAACCUAUUAAUAGAUAAGAACACAUUCCAACUAAUUCCCAAAAGAUAUAAAUUUGGAUCAAAUUCGAACUAGUAACUAAUCCCAACAUUGAAGCAUUAAAAAAACUCAUAUAAGCAAAAAAUCUCAAAUAUCCUUGAUCGUGAGACAUAUAAUUAUCACUAUAAAUAAGAACCAAAAUGCCAACAGUAGUGAUUAAUAUUAACAUAAUAAGGGUAAGUGAAUCGAUCAAGUAACCAAAUUCUAAAGAAAGAUCAUUAUUUAUAGUCCAAGACCACACAUAUUGAUAGAUGAAACUCUUAUUGUUAUUUAUUUGAUCGAUCGACAGCGCGACGGAAAAAAGCAUAACUAUACCUAACAAUAAAAUACUGAGAAAAGCCCACCUACGUCGAAGAUUUUUUGUUGCUGUGGGAAAAAAUAGAAGUCCCGCCCCUAUCAACAUAGGAACUGGAAGCGGAAUGAAAGGUAUGAUCCAUAAAGAUUGAUGUGUAUAUUCCAUAAAAAAAGAAUAAAAGAUAAAAUAUUUUUUUUCCUAAUGAGUUUUGUUUCUUAUUCGUCGGUUUUAUCUCUUUUGUAAAGGCUUCAGUUAAUAAAAAAAAAAAGAGUGAACAUAUAAAUAGAAUUAUUUAUUUUUCUGAAUCUUUGCACAAUACUUCUAAUAUUUCCGAAUAUUUCAAAGUACUAAAAAAGGUCGAAUAAACAAAUUCAAAUUCCUAAUACACUUUUUUUAAUAUUUGUAUUUUAGUAAAAAAUUCUCAUAAAACGAAAUUUGUCAAAUCAAAUAAAAACAUUCGUUUAUUUUGUUUGAUAUGCAGUAAAAUUAAAUUCAUAUGACAUGACCCAAUCGAAUAAAUAAGAAUUUUUUUCUUUUAUUUCAAAAGCAUUAGUUUUUUCGAAGUAAUUUCUUUUUUUACAUUAAACAGAUAUCUAUGUUUGGCAAAAUUUUGAAAAAAGUGUUAUAAUAUUCAAAGUUUUACUUUAGAUAGAAAGAUAGAAAAAAAGAGGGGAUAAAAAAAAAUGGCUAAUUAAUCAAAUAAAAGAACUAUUUGUUUUACGGAACAGAAGAUAUGUCUUUCACAUGACUUGUAGCAAUAAAAAAACUAUAUCAGUUGCAUGGCAGUUCCAAAGAAACGCACCUCGAGAUCCAAAAAAAAAAUCCGAAAAACUCUUUGGAAAAGGAGAGGUUUUUGGA